AUGGGGCGAAGAAGGAAAAACGCCCGUGGAGGACGACACGCCGGAGAAGAUGAACAAUGUGGCAGUAAUUCAGAUGCUGACGACGAUUCAGACGAUAUUGGAGGGUUUGAUGAUCCUCGAGCAUCUGAUCCAAAUACAAUUGAGUAUAAAAUUGUCCAUGCUAAGCAUCCAUUUGAGAAAAGGAAAUUCAUAGAGUCAAAAGUUGUCACCCCAUCUCAACGUGCUAUCACUUGUUGCAUACAGACAAAUGGGGGUUGGGCUUCCGAAGAUGUUUUACUGGAAUUCCUACAGAAAAAUUGGGGUUUCAUAGGAAAAAUGAAUAUAAAAUUACCAAACAAUAUGCCUGACACAAGAAUUUUACAUAUUAAUUUAGCUGUAAAAAAGAAAAACCUUCCUCUCUUUGUACAAGACCCGGCAAAACCAUAUAUGUGGACCGUAAACACAUCAACGGAUUAUUCACAAAUCUCUGAUAAGAGUAGAAUAAUUUUAUCAAGACGUUCGCAAGAAACAGAUCAAGAAAAUGAUGGUGAAGAUUCGCAAAAGGAACCGGAAACUCUCGAAGAAGCAUAUAGGAAAGAUAAAGCGGACUCUUUCGAAGCUCAUGUUUUUCAAACUCUGAAAACAUAUCAAGAUGGAACAACUUUAGAACAACUUGCCGAAGCUACAAAGCAAUAUGAAGGUCAGCCUGGUUUAUUCCAAUUGUUGACGCAUAUCAGAAGAGUUCGUGCGGUUUUAAUUGCAAAAAAGUCGACAAACGACGUUUUUGAGAAAAAUGGAAUUUGGUCUUGUUAUCUUAAUAUUCCAAAGCCUCCUGAAACAGUAAGAAAAGAAUCUGAUUUCUUACCUCCUUGCUUAAGAUCCGUAAAUAUAACUGAAUUAACACUCGACGAGUUCUACAACGUCCUGAAACAGAACAGGGCAAAUUAA